CUACAAAGCACGUCAACGAUUAGGGCAAUUGAUCAUCAGAAAAAUGGCAACGACUACACAUUACGACGCCAUCAUAAUAGGCUCAGGCCAAGGGGGCACUCCGCUCGCGAAGGCAUUGGCUAGUGCAAACAAGAAAACCGCACUCAUUGAAAAGGAACACAUCGGCGGCUGUUGUAUCAACGAAGGCUGUACGCCGACCAAAACUAUGAUCGCUUCUGGUCGCGUCGCGCAUUUGAUCCGCAGGGGGCCAGACUACGGUAUCCAUGUGCCCGGACAAAUUGGACCAACGAAUGACUUUACUGUGUCUAUGGACAAGGUAAGACAGCGAAAGCGCGAUAUAGUGAGUUCUUUCCGGAGUGGGAGUGAAAAAGGCCUAGACACUGCUGGAGUUGAUGUUGUGCGAGGUGAGGCGAGGUUUAACGACGCGAACACCCUCAAAGUGCUCUUUCCCGACGGGAGCCACAGACUUCUCUGGGGAGAAAAGAUUGUUGUUAAUGUUGGUUGCCGGCCGGCCCCUCCAAAGCUCGAUGGUUUGGAAAGAAUAAGGAAAGACAGACUACUGGACUCCACAUCUAUUCAAGAGUUAGGUGAGCUACCAGGCCACUUAGUGGUCAUCGGGGGUGGAUACGUUGGAGUUGAGUUCGGGCAACUAUUCGCGAGACUUGGAUCGAAGGUAACGAUUAUUCAACGGGGAGCACAGCUGCUGCCUCGAGAAGACAAGGAGAUAGCAGCUGAGCUGCUUGAUAUCCUGCGGGACGAGUGUUUGAUGAUUUAUCUGGAGGCUAGAGCCACAUCUGUUACACCUUCAUCUGCGGAAACAUUUAAUUUAUCUGUGGCGACUCAAAGCGGCAAUGAGAUUGUGACCAAUGUCACUCAUUUUCUCUUUGCUGCUGGUAGAAUUCCUAACACGGAUCACCUGAAUACGGACGCUGCAGGGAUCGAACUCGAUGUAAAAGGGUACAUCAAGUGCAACGAGUUUCUGGAGACUUCUGUCCCUUCCAUUUAUGCCCUAGGUGAUAUUAAGGGUCCUCCCGCUUUUACACACAUAUCCUAUGAUGACUUUCGGGUUUUGAAGGUCUCUCUGUUCUCCGACUCUCUGGCACAUUCAGGACCCUCUGUGAAAGACCGGCUUGUGCCCUAUGUGGUAUAUACAGACCCACAGCUAGCCCAUGUGGGAUUGCACGAAGGAGAGGCGCGCGAGCAAUACCCGGGAAUAAGAAUACGAACGGCAACGAUGCCGAUGAGCUAUGUUGCCAGGGCAUUGGAGACCGAUGAACCAAGAGGGAUGAUGAAAGCAGUCGUUAAUGCCGAUGAUGGACAAAUUCUGGGAUUUACAUGUCUGGGCACAGAAGGAGGAGAGCUUAUGAGUAUCGUAGAGGUGGCUAUGGUUGCAAAACUUCCAUAUUGGAAACUACAAAAUGCUGUUUUUGCGCAUCCAGCUUUUGCUGAAAGCCUGAAUAACCUCUGGGGCUUCUUGAAAUGAUGAAC